CAGAAUAAGACCUUGUUGACAGGGGUUCUUCGCACCAUUAUCCAUUCUAUAUCGUAGCAUAGAAGACUCAAGCCUUACAUUUGAACAUCGGGGGCGCAAUGCAAGUUCCAGGUUUUUUUUAUUGUUCAUCAAGCCUUCCAAGCCCCUACACAAGCUGGUCUUGCGGUUGCCAUCCCGAGAAUGUUCCCUCGCCAUUGCCUUUUUACCUAGGUUGACUUUGCCUCGUUCCUUCUCUGAACCCAACAAGCCAAAUGCCUGAUAUAGAGAUCCUGUCCCACCCGUUUUGGUGGCCUAGACUUCUAGCCUGUUGGUGUUCCCAUCUGCCCAGCACCAAUAUCACAACACCAACAUCAAAGUGCUCACAAGAUGCUACGUCCCAGGCCGUCAGUGAUUUCCUUGACCCGCGCAGACGUUACCGAGGUUGUUCACCGCCGUCGGUUCCGCAGAUAUCUUGAAUGCGAGAAGGACAAUAUCUGUGUUGACUUGGCCCCGGCCGAGACAAAUAUUACAUACAAGCUAGACCGACCCGAGACUUCGCCGUCGCGUACCGCCCAGAGCAAAACCGUACCAACGGCGUACGAUAGCACCCAGAGCAGCUCUCCUACUAUGCGCAGCGAGAUCUGUCAUUGGGUAACGGAUCUGCCACUACUACUGCUCUCGGACAAGGAGGUUGGGAAAGACAUGUCUCCGCCGCCUGAAGUAUCCGGCAGCCAAGUGCGACACUCGAGAACACGAGGCAGACCGCAGCAAGGCCCCGACUGGACACUGCAGCUGUGCCUGCGGCCCAAGCGUAGUCCGCAUGUCGCUACGGCUCCCGUUGUAGAUGAUGGCUCAACAGGUUUGCAAGACUUGCGCGAGGAUCUGACGGGGGCGGGGGAAUCGCUUGAUAACAGUCAGAAAACGAAACAAAGCGGUGUUACGAUGAUUCACAAGCCGGGACUAUCACCGCCAUGCUUGUCGGAUGUGGACUCGCCGAGUAUGAGAGGAGGAGAGACAAACGAGGCAACGCCUACUCGCCAAGUUUGUAGCCAUCAUAAGCCCCAAGAAUUAUACGAUCCCUGGUUAAUCGCAGUGACCAGGGCGGCCUCUCAGAAGAUAGCACAGAUGUGAGGCUGCAGAGUGGUGCAGGCCCCUCCACCCCCCGGCGCGCGUUGCCUUCAACUUCGCCCGGCAGCCCCCCG